AUGGGCGAUGCUUGUAUUUUGACGCCGCUGCCGUUCAUGUUAAGCUUCUGCACGUUGUCAGAACUACAGCAACUAUCUCAAGUGUCGCGAGAUGUGUCUAGUAUCUGUGAGCCCGAAUGGCGUCUUCGAACUAUUGCAAGUUUUGGAGAGCUACGAUUUGCCACGCGCCACUGGCGACGCUGUUUUCUAUUACGUUCUCAAUUUCAACGCAAAGCUGUAAAACAUGUAACAGCUCGAGUAUACCUGAUGAAUAAUCGUGGUGAAACUCGUUUCUUUACGAUUGAGAAAGGCACUCCUCUGAUGUGUUCCCGAGAACGAGCCGUAGUUUACAAUCGCUGCAAACGAAUGUUUGACCUUUCAUUAAGAAUAAACCGAUCAAUUCAAGAAAUUUCGGAAAUUAUUGGGAUGGUAUCUGUGGAUGAAGCAAGAGGUUUAUUAAAUGAACAUAUUGGUCUUAUGGCAUCAGUUGCAGCGCUUCGAAGUUCACUAAACUUUGAAAGCGAGCUAUUUCAGAUAUUUCCAGCCCCUGUUUUACUCGACACAAAUUCAUUGUUAAGAGUUACGCACAAAUUUCAUCAUAAAGAAGAUGUCGACUUUUUGCAAUCGUCAAUCAUGAUGAUGCAGAUUUGGGCAUCUAUUGAUGGUGUGAUUUAUCGUCCAUUAGCACCACCAACUACAAUCCAAGAAACUCCAGAUAAUAUUGAUGAAAUGACUACAUACGCGUCGUAUAAGCUACACGAAUUAUCAGGAAUGACAAUUAGUAUUGAUGAUAAUACAUUGAGAUACCGACUUCAACGAGACGAAUUGUGCGUGAAUGCUCUGGUGAGCAACACGUAUUUAUUAUAUCUGUUCAAUCCACUUCAAUAUCGACCUUUAGAUUGGACAUUCGAUGCACUUUUGCAAGUUGGUGAUGCGAAAUAUGUAUUACCUGUUCAAAGAGAAGGAGUUUUCUUGAAUACGACAUCGUAUGCACUGCGUGUGUUUCUUUCGUAUGGAAAAAUACCAGCAACAGAUGCUCAAGACAAUCUGUCAGCGGUCACAUCUAGCGUAGCAACCGAGUCCGUUGGUGGAAGAGCUCGAGGCAGUGAUGAUAGUGAACCACUCGAAAUUCCAUAUGAUGGACAGCGCGAAAUCUUUGCCUUUCACUUGUCUGCUACAAACCGAAUGUCAAAGAAAUCGUACGUUAUUGCUUCCAACGCCACGUGUUUGUCGCUCUUACCUUCUGAAUCGUCCAUUAAGCGACGCUUAAGACGACUAAGUCUUGCGUCGUCAUCCACAUUAUCAGAUGAUGAAGAGGACGAUAAAGACACAAGUUUUGUGACCAAAGCUUUACCAUUGGAACGACACGUACACCUUUCAUUCGAUGCUAUGAUUUGCUAUUGUUUCGCUUCAAGCUGUCAGCUUCAAUAUGUGGAAUUCGCCAUUGGCUUUGAGCCAUUAAUGCAUCUACUCGGUGUCAUUGACUUCCUUUCUGAUGUGAUGGGAAGCUAA